GAUCUAGAUCUAUUCUAUAUACAUUAUUUGGAAUUUCCCAAUUACCGAUUUGUCUAUGUGACAUGUCUGUCUAUAGAUCUAGAUCUACGACGUCUAUUAUAGAGUAUAGAUAGUAUAGACUAUACUACUAUAACUAUAGUAUACUAGAUCUCUGACCCUAGACUUUAUUGUUUCUAGAGCUGUUUAAACAUGAUAUAAUUCUGAGUGAAUACAUCCAUGAAUUUUCCUAUUCUUCCAUAUUCUCCAAUUAUUAUUGAUGCAAAAUGUCACCAUUUUUAUUAUGCAGUAUCGAAGUGUCUUAGUUGUCAUGACAAUACCUACAGGAGCCAUGUUAAAAAAGAAUUACUUAAACUGUGGACCACUGACUUGAAUAAAAACAAUGUUUUGCCUCUGCUUUCUGUUAGAACUGGACUUGAUUUGUAUUUAACUGCACUCAACUUUCCGAAAGGCUCUGAAAUGAUAAUGACUGCUGUUAACAUUCCAGAUAUGAGCACCAUAGUCAAACACCAUGGUCUUGUCAUUGUUCCACUUGAUAUUUCCUUAGAUACACUGGAACCUAAGCUUGAACUCUUGGAUAAAUUGAUUACAACAAAAACUGUUGGCAUUCUUGUGGCUCAUUUAUAUGGAAGAGUAAUACCAAUGGAUAACAUUAUUGUGAUUGCUAAACAAAAAAAUCUAAUUAUCAUUGAAGAUUGUGCUGAAUCAUUCAAUGGUUUUACACAUAUUGGCAAUCCAUUAUCGGACAUAUCAUUGUUUAGUUUUGGUGUUAUAAAAUUUUACACUUCAUUUGGAGGAUGUAUUGCUAAAGUCAGAGAUCAAAAUGUUUAUAAAAAAAUGUGUGACAUUCAACAAACAUAUCCUCUUCAGACUGCUGAUAUUUAUUUUAAAAAAGUUUUAAAGUAUUUGGUUAUUUUUUCUUGGCUACAAAUUUCUCCUCUACCUAAGAUUGGACGAAUUGUUUUGAAUCAGUUUGGAGUGGAUUAUAAGGCACUUUUUGUUAAAUGGAUGCGUGGUUUCCCUGAUCAAAUGUUGAAAAUGAUUAGAUGUCAGCCAAGUACAGCACUUCUGGCUACAAUGUUAUAUCGCCAGCGAAAUUUUAACCAAACAGAAUUUGAUUUACAAAAACAAAAAGCAGAAUAUUUUUUUCAGAAACUACCACUUGGUUUUAAACCUGUUGGAAUGAAAGCUGACAUUAAUAAUUUCUGGCUUUGUCCAGUUUUGGUUGAUAGUCCAGAUGAAGUUGUAAAACAGUUAAAUUUACACGGAGUUGAUGCUUAUCGAGGAGCAACACAACUUAAAAACAUUGAGCCUUGUGAUGAUAUAGCACACAGAUUUACUCUACUAGAUGGAAUAUCUAGUAAGGAAACAAGGAGCACUAGCCUGUGUUAUCCUCAUGAAGCCAAGUACUUAAUUGAACAUGUUAUUUACCUGCCUGUCAGUAAAUUUGUUCCAUUUGAUUGCCUAGAUAAUAUGUUGAAAGCAUGUGCUUUUGUUAUGAAAACAUUCCAUCAGUCAGUACCCAGCGUUCAGGGAAAAUUGUUAAAAUCAAAACUGUGAUCAAUUUUUUCGGUCUAUUUUAUAUUGUGGGGAAAAAAAUGUACAACUGCAUAUUGUAAAUAUGUUUUGACCUUAUGUAUUUUAAAGCCUGGUACUGUUACCAGCAAAUGCCUUGGAAUAAACUCAUAAUAUUUGCUUAAUAUUUAUUUUGAAUUUGUUACAUCAGAAUAAAAUUAACCGUUAAAGUUUCAAAAUUAUCACUAAUAUUUGUACAAGUUAAAACAUUACACUGUCAUUCUAUUUACAUUACUUUUCUUUGUAUAUCCACUAAUACCUGAAGAUGCCACAUGGCAAUUACGCAGUCAAAAAUUUGGUGAGCUUUAAGAUUUUUCACUUGAAGUUAAACUCUUAUUUGAGUUCUUGAAGUUAAGCUCUUAUUUCAUUACCUGAAAUUUAGCUCUUAUUUCAUGUCUUACUAAUUUUUCUAGAUUAUAAAAACUAAUUUAUUUUUUUUUAAGGGGGAAAUUUACAUCAUUGAAAUGUCAUUCCUCAUAAUUUGAUUGCAGCUCUUAUAAAUCAUUCAGCUUUUCAAGUGGUGAAUUUGUACAAAGCUCAAAUCAACUCACUCCAUCUGUCUAUUUGCUAUUUCUUUCACUUCCCAUUCUCAGAUCAAAUUGAAACUUUGCACAAUUAUUCAUUGUCCCAAACAAAACAGGAAUAAUAAAAAAAAAAAUAGUUAAUUAUAUAUUGGUAAUUACUUUAUUUUGUUUGAUGCAAAAGGGGAAAUAAAUCCUAUAGCAUUGAGAUACAUGGCUGCAUUUUUCCCUAAGAUAAGCCUUUUUUUUUUUAGUAUUUUAUUUAUUUUAUUAAACAUCUGGUAUAAAUGUUUAGAUUAAUUUAUUGGGAUAAUUUUUAUGCUUAAUGUGUCAAACUUUUAAAAAAUCUCUUUAUUGCUAUUAAUAAUGGACCUCAUUCACCAAUCGUAAACAAACAACAUUUAGUCACGUGAUCUUAUUGAUAAAACAACGGAAAAAAACUGUCACGUGACAACCAUCAUGAAUUAAACAUGAGAUCGUAAAUUAUAUAGAAGAGAUAGAGCACCACGUGGCUAAAUGUUGUUUGUUUACGAUUGGUGAAUGAGGUCCAUUGUAAAAAUAAUUUUCAAUACUGACUAAUGUUAGAUUUGAUAAAAAUCACUCAAAUAAAUUAUAUAUUUAUUAUCAACUUUUGGCAAUCUAAUAUCAUUUAAAAUGUUUACAUAUUUAAUUAUUCAAUAGUUUGAUUGCUGUUUAUUUCUUACACAAGAACUUAUAGCUUAUUGCUCAAUAUUUCCUUUAUAAUUAUAAUAACAUCACAUGAGCAGCUAUAAAAUUAAUUUAGUGUUUGUAUUUUAAAUAUUGAAUUAUUAACCCAGUCAUUUAGGUCUUGAAUGCUUGUGCUUAUUUAAACAUAUAAAAAAAAAAUGUCCACACUCCAACAAGCAAUAUUAUCUUAGAUCUUUAAUAAUUGUUAGGAAAUAUUUUAAUCUUUACUGUUAUUAAUAUUGUUCAAAGUUGAUAGCUUGCUUAGGAUCAACAGGCUUAUGUAGAAUACCAUAAAUGAAGACUCAUUAACUAACAUAGGAACAUUAUGCAAUUUUAACAUAUUUACAAGUAAUCUAAAAUAUAUUGUCCUUAUAUUUUUUUUUCCUAAAACUAUUUUAUUGUUGGGCACUUUUAAAUAGGUACCAAAAUUAUUUCUCUUCCCCUUAGAAGUCAAAUAAGCUUAAACAUUUUCAGAACACCUGUCACAUGCCCAUGUGAUUUUGUUCUACCAAAUAUAAAUUUUUUCCAAAUUAAUUAAAACAGAAAAAACUAAACUAUACUCCUCAAAAAGCACAUUGUAAGCUAACAACUAAAGACCACUGUGUAUGUCUAAUUAUUUGGGCCUCUCACCAAAUUUCAGAAAAAAUUGUAAUCUUCCUUUAGUACAUAAAAAAGUGUUGCUUAGCUCUAUUUCAUAAUUCAUCUAUUUUUACAAAACUUCUAUUAACUCACUCUAUCUGUUUGUCAGGAGUCUUUUAAACAAACUUCUAUUAACUAACUCCACAUCUGUUUGUCAGGAGUCUUUUGUUUGAACAAAACUUCUAUUAACUCACUCCACAUCUGUUUGUCAGGAGUCUUUUAAACAAAACUUCUAUUAACUCCACAUCUGUUUGUCAGGAGUCUUUUGUUUGAACAAAACUUCUAUUAACUCACUCCACAUCUGUUUGUCAAGAGUCUUUUAAACAAACUUCUAUUAACUAACUCCACAUCUGUUUGUCAGGAGUCUUUUGUUUGAACAAAACUUCUAUUAACUCACUCCACAUCUGUUUGUCAGGAGUCUUUUAAACAAAACUUCUAUUAACUCCACAUCUGUUUGUCAAGAGUCUUUUAAACAAAACUUCUAUUAACUAUCUCCACAUCUAUUUGUCUUUUAAAACUUUUUUUCUCCCACUUUCCAUUCUUGGAUCAAGUUUAAACUUUGCACAAUUAUUCAUUAUCAAUGACAACACAUAAAUAGUUUUUUUUUUUAAUAGAAAAAGGAUUUAAGUCUUGCAGUAUUGAGAAAAUUGCAUUAAUUGAGAUGUUCUUUCCCUAAUGUAAGCUUUGUUAGUCUACAAGUCAUUGAUAGAUUUGAGAAUACCUGUUGAACUUAAGUCUACAUGUCAUUGACAGAUUUCAGAACCCCUGUUGAGCUCAAAUCUAAUAUCAUUGAUAGAGUUAAGAACCCCUAUUAGACUUGUGUAGGGCCUACAUGUCAUUUUCUUAUCACAUCUUUUUCUUCAGUCAAACAUCUAUUGAUACAAAGCUUAUAUCAACACACUCUGUCCCACUUCCCAUUCUCUGAUCAAGUUGAAACUGCACAAUUAUUCAUGUCCUUAAAAACAUAUGUUUGUAAUUAAUUAUUUUGAUUAUAUUGAGACAGAAUUAUAGAAUUAGGUCAUCGUAAAAAAAUUUGAAACUAACAAUAGAUAACUAUAAAACCUAUUUUCAUAAGUACUUGUCUAGCUCAGGGACUAGUGUAUCUGACUAACGUCAGAGAGAUUUUCGCCCUCGAGUCAAGAAACUUUUUAAAAAUUUGCUUUUGAAAAGUAAGCAAGGAAACCUUAUCCCUGGUCACUCUAGUGUUUGGACCAUGGCUGGUUGUGCAUGCUGAAAGCCUGAAAUCUCAGUUUAACAAUUGAUAACAAGGAAUAUAUAAAAAUUACUUUUGUAAAAAAGACAACUGAUCCUUUAUACAACUUAUAGAGUGAUUAUUUUGCUCUUAAUAACUAAUGAAUGUUCAAUUUAAAAAACAAAAUUGAACAUUUUUUACACCGCCCAUCUCCUCCUCUAUAUUAUAUGUAUUUUUACUUUUUAACCAGUGCUGAAUUUAACUAUUGGCAACACAAUCUAUAGCUUAAGGGAGAGGUUCUUUUUUUUUACCUAGGGACAUUUAUUGAGACUAUAACUUUAAAAUAAAACUGUAAAAAUUAAUGACUUGAUAGAUGUUUAUGAAAUUUUAUGAAAUUAUUUAUGUCCAGUUUAAUGUUAGUCUAACUGCUAUUCCCCAUGAGCACAAAUUUCUAGUCUGUUUCAUUUAUUUGUGAUGAUGUUCAUAAUGGCAAUGAUUCCAUAUAUUACUAAAUAACAAAAUGGGAAAGCAAUCAACUUUUGUACAAUGACACAUAAUAUGUGAUAUAAAAUUGGAAUCUGUUUUUGUAACCAGAAUUUGUGGUAACCUUGUUCAAUCAUUGGUUUAAGUUCCUAGUUAGUGGAUAUUUCAAUAAGCUGUAAUCAUGUGUAAUAUAGAGAUCUGAGUUUAUUCAGCACACAGUCUGUAAUAUCCAAAUGAAGAAUGCUUGGUUUGGGUUUUGACAAAUGUAAUAGAGGAAACAGUAAUGACGGGCGAGUUGAUUAUUAUUAAAAUUAUCCCAUUGAAUAAAAUGAUUUUUAAAGAAAAAUUAUUUUCAGUUUAUAUUAUACAAUUUUCAUCUUUUUUUGGACCCCUGGGGAUCCACGACCACAGUUUGAGAACCACUGGUUUAAGGGACCUUUUUCCUAGGCCCCCUAAAAAAAAAUGGUUCCAAGGAUAUUUUCAACCAUCAUGGAGAAAGAGCAAAGGGAAAAUUCCCUGAUGCUGAUUGGGGACUUAACAAGUCUAAAUUUUGUCAUGAUUAUACAAUUAUCAGUAUCAAAUGUAAGUUUUGAUUUUGCAUUUUAAAAAUCUUCUUUGAUGAACAUUCAUAUUUCAAUCUCAAUAACAAAAUUUUGAUCAAAUGAAAACUUAAAAUUUAAUACAACAUCUUUGGUUAAGUCAUUAAUUUAGUAUGUUUUUUAAAUGCUACUUUAUAUCUUUGUGUUGUUUUGUUUUACAGAAUAUUACUAUUUAAAAUAAAUGUUAUGUUUGACUCAAAUAUUUACUUAAAGAUCUGCUAACUAGAUAUUUUUUCUUUUCUCCUCAUUUUUCUUUUUAUUAUAUUUUAUUAAAAUAAUCAUUUACCCUAAUUAUUCAUAUAAUCACCAUAUACCAAAGAGUGUCUUGUAACACAAGAUUUAAAACAUAUUAACUUAAUCAGUUUUCAUUAUCAUGUGGAGGCAAGAAACAUUUAUGAAGCACAUUUAAGUCUAUUAUUUAUACCUUUUAAAAUAUUUAUAGGUACAUAUUUUCUAUGCUUUUGUUAUUUGUAACAUUUAAAACCUAUCUAUAUUUGAUAAAUAAAUAAUUUUUCAAGAUA